AUGGCCGCAUUGCGCAACACGAGAAACUUGACCGAAACGGCCUGCCAUACACCGGUCCGGAGUCGAACCGCCGAGCUUCGAACGUUGACCUAUGUCCUUACACCAAUAACGGUCUUGUUCGUCAUUCUGCGCCUAAGCUACAAGCACUUCUUCUGCGCCCCGUUGCCGUUGACAUACAGGGACUUUGUCGCCUCACCACUCCGGGUGACGCGGAAGCACCUCUCCAGCGCCUCGCGGCACGUCCACAGCGAGGAAUGGACCUUCAUCGCCACCAUAGUCGUCGGCCUGGCUGCCCUCGCCAUCAUCCUCUUCGGCAUCACCGCCAACGGCAUGGGCACCGAUGUCUGGGGCCUCGACCUGCCCACCCUGGUCGCCUUCCGGCGCUACUUCGUCGUCGUCCAAGUCUGCUACGUGGUCCUGAUGUUUCUCCUAAAAACCACGUGUGCCCUCUUCUUCCUCGACAUAUUCUUUGGGCGCAGGAUCCGCGCCGUUAUCUGGGGCACCGUCAUAGUCCACGUCGCAAUCACCACCGUCUGCGUCAUCGUCAUCAUCUUCCAGUGCGUGCCGAUACACUACCAGUGGGACAAGUUUUACCACAUAAACGACGACGCGGUGACGGGGAUCUGCAUCAACAUCAACGCAGUCGCGUGGGUGAACAGCACCUUCAGCGUGGCGUCGGACCUCUGGCUGCUGGCCAUUCCACUGACCCAGCUGCAUAAGCUGAACUUGCACUGGAAGAAGAAGGCGGGCGCUGCUCUGAUGUUCAUGACGGGCGCUACUGUCACGGUUGUGUCGUGCCUCCGCCUAGCCUCUGUCCAGUACUACGCUUCGACAUCGAACCCAACAUGGGAUCAAUUCGACAUCAUGUACUGGUCCACGGUUGAGAUUGAGGUUGGCUUCAUCUGCAGUACCUUACCAGCGGUUCGACUCCUGCUCGUUCGUUUUGCGCCAAGAGUCUUUGGGUCUGCCGCGAGCAAUCAACAUGGCACAGAGGGAUUUGAAGACAAAGAGGCAUCACAGACGAGACACUUGUUAAGUUCAGUAGCUGCUUCGUCAGAAACGACACUGAAGCAUCCAGAGGCUGUUUUAUACCAUCCCAGACAAGAGUCGAUGUCGGGCAGAUCAGAAAGCAACAACGAAAGUCUCGAGGCGCCGGCUACGGGACAACAACUACCUCCUGCUAAGCUGCCCGAUAGCUUGAGAAGCACAUCGGACGAGCAAGUGGUGGAGACGCCGAUCUUCAUUUGGGGAGUUCGGGCCGCGAUGGGACGCGACAGCCGACGAGCUGCUUCAUGCUGCUGGGCAGGUAUUUGUGCUGCGGGUCCUCUCGUUACUACUGUAUUGCUCGUGUCAGCAAUUGGACAGCUCGUCCAUGCCCAGCUAGUCGUCCCUCCCGGCCUCCCGAGCAUAGCAGACAACUUCCGGCUGCGGGUACACGCCACCAACCCAAAUAGCACCUUGGCCGCUCAGAUUAAGAACUGGACCCUGGCCGCAGCGUCCGGGCCGGACGGCAACACCUGCAACAUAGCCACCGUUCUUGUCCCCGAUGACCAAGCCAGCCUGGCUUUCCAUCUCUUCGUCGCACCCAACACCAACACCAUCAGUUCAAGUCACAGAGGAGGGGUGCUCACGCUCAAAGAGCAGGGGAUGGAGGGCCAGGGACGCCCGUACAGGGCGCUGUGGCUCGGGUGCAACGUGACGGCUUUCUCGGAGGUCGGCAUGGCUUUCCGCCCCCACGGCUCGGCGCCGCUGCUCAUCUCGACGCGUGACUCGGUCGACUCGCGGUUCUACGCCUGCCCCCGCCACGGCAACGGUAACGAGGACGCGGUGGGCUUGUUUUACCGAAGGGCGCGCCGGGGGGAGCCGUUGUAUGACGGAUGCGCGGACGUGGAGCUGCUGCUGGAGUGUGCGACGGGGUUGGGAGCAACGGGGACGGGAGCGACAGACCCAGUUCCCUGCUGUGCUCGGGUGAGAAAUGGCGGUUGCUGGGCGGAGUAA